AUGAAAAGUUGCUUGCAUGAGUUGGUUAGUGCAAAUCAAUCAGCCUUUGUUCCGGGCAAAAGGAUUACUGAUAACAUUCUUCUAACUCAAGAGCUGAUGCAUAACUACCAUCUUGAUAGAGAUCCUGCAUGGUGUGCUUUUAAAGUUGAUAUCCAGAAGGCUUAUGAUACGGUUGACUGGAGAUUUCUUAGGAAAAUACUUCUAGGCUUUGCAUUUCACCCGCGCAUGGUUUCUUGGAUUAUGGAGUGUGUUACGACCACAACUUUUUCGCUGAGUAUUAAUGGUGCCUUAAAUGGUUAUUUUCAGGGUAAAAGAGGACUUAGACAAGGAGACCCAUUAUCCCCAUAUCUUUUUACAUUGGUAAUGGAAGUGUUAAUUUUAAUCCUUCAAAGACAGAUUCGGGACGAUUUACCUUUCACAAAAAUUGUGAAGAACAAUAGAUUAUAA